ACGACAAGAUACUAUCCACCCAGCUGUCACAUUCGAAUUCGCACAAACAACAAGACAGCUUCGAAGAAAACGACUAGAACACCGUCAGGAUGAAGCCUCUUGUGGGAGCCAUGCAGGCUUGGAGCUGCACCGUCAUCUCCGCCUUCGCCAUGCUCAUCCUCGGCGUCUUGUGCAUCCUCUUCAAUAACAACCACCCGGAGCUCGUGGGCGGGACGGAGGACCCGGAGGAUGGGAAGGAGGUGGCGGCGACGGCUGGGAUGGCUAUUGCUAUUUACGCGCUCUUCUUCUGCUUCUGCGGUCUCCAAGGGUUGUUGCAUUUACGAGAGGGCAGGAGGGGGGCUAUUGCGCUAUGAGGUUGGUUCCGACAGGACGACGACGACGACUACGACAACGAAUAGCAUACCCACCUACCUAUUUAUACUUGUACACGCACGCGAUAACAACAACAACGGCGAUGGCCACAUAAGGCGAAGAU